GUUUUUAAUUCUUCACGAGCUCACGGUUUCGACUCCAUAAACCUUGAUCAAGGAGCCGCUGCGGCCUUGCUCGAGAAGAAAGGCCCAACAUCUUUCGGAGGGUAACGUGGACAAAGGCGCAUGCACUGCCGCCAUCUUUUCGGGACAAUGCCCUACAGCGCGGAUGCGCACUCGCAAUGAACAUCAGUGUUUCUACCAGGGCCCGAGGGAGACAUUAAUAACUGUGCGCUCACUUUUAGAUCAGCAACAAUAGAAUUAGAAUUAGAAGAGGAGGAUUUACAAACGGGAAGCUAAAACCAUACACCACUUGAUUCAUCAGGACCUGAAUAUCAUCGGACUUUGACUGUGGGAGGAGAAAUGUUUGCCUGUGGAAAAGGAUUUCCAACAUCCUGGAAAAGCACUGUGACAAACACACCUGAGUAAGAGUGUACCAGUGCACUGACUGUGGAAACAGCUUUAACCAGAUAAACAGCCUGAAAAAAGAAAAUCACACCAUUCACAACACGGAGAAGCUGGACAUGUGUUCUCUGUGUGGAUGAGGCUUCAACUGAUCAUCCAACCUGGAGAGACACAGGGACACCCGUACCAUGGAUAAACUGUGGAAAUGUGAGGACUGUGGGAAAGGAUUCAAUUGCCCAUCCCGGCUGGAAAUUCAUCGACGCAGUCACACUGGGGAGAGGCCAUUCAUCUGCUCCGAGUGUGGGAAGGGAUUCACUCAGUCGUCCCAACUGCUAACACACCAACGGUUUCACACUGGAGAGACGCCAUUCACCUGCCCCAAGUGUGGGAAGGGAUUCACUCAGUCAUCGGACCUGCUGAGACACCAGCGAAUGCACACUGGAGAGAGACCAUUCACCUGCUCCGAGUGUGGGAAGGGGUUCAUUCAGUCAUCCAACCUGCUGAGACACCAGCAAGUUCACACUGGAGAGAGGCCGUUCACCUGCCCUGUAUGUGGGAAAGGAUUCACUGGACCCUCUGACGUACAAAGUCACCAGCGAAUUCACACUGAGGAGAAGCUGUUCAGUUGUACUUCUUGUGGAAAGAGAUUCAGGUCUUCAACCCACCUCAGUGUACACCAGCGAGUUCACACUGGGGAGAGGCCGUUCACCUGCUCCGAGUGUGGGAAGAAAUUCACUCAGUUAUCUCACCUACAGACACACCAGCGAGUUCACACUGGGGAGAGGCCAUUCUCCUGCUCCAAGUGUGGGAAGACAUUCACCUGUUCAUCCCACCUGAUGAGACACCAGCAAGUGCACACUGGGGAAAAACCGUUCACCUGCUCCGAGUGCGGGAAGGGAUUUACUCAGUCUGGCAGCCUACAGAGACACCAGCGACGUCACAAGUGACUGUAGGAGUUGUAUUCUGCUGUUAUUGCUGCUGUCAAUCACAUCCAGGACUGAACCAUGUCAAUUCUGACAGUUGCGGCUCGUCACUGCUGAUGUUAAUAAUCCCUUUAACUGGGCUGGAGUUUAACAUUUAGGAAAUGUAGCUGAUGGUGCUCUCAGGGCUGCAGUGUCCCUUUAAGAACUGCUGUCUCUGAUCUUUCCCCACAAUUCAGGAACUCGCAUCAGAAAUUAGUUUACAACCAGAUUCUGAACUUUUACUUCAAUCCUAAAUUGAUCUUUGGGACAAACUCUACAAUUCUGUGUCUGAGAGGUUCCACUGAUUAACAUCUCCAAUUAGAAAGUGCUGAUUAAUCCUUACUGACAAUUCUUACUGACUUGCACAUUACUCACAGUGACACCUCCAAUAUCCACCAAAAAGCAGGAGAAUGGGAAUUGGUGGAGAAUCAAGAGUUCCCAAAUGUUACCCCUGCCGCCUGGUACAGAAAUUCCCUUGGCACGGGAAUGGAGACAAGUUCAAUCCAAAUAACGGACUGUAUGAAAUCUCUCCCUAAUAGCCUUAUAAAAUCUUUUGAAGUUUAUGUUAAAUGACAAAAAAAAAACAGCUCAACACCCUUUCUCUCUCUUAUGGAGAAAGCUUCCAUAGCAGUUUGCUGGCUGCCAAACACAGGAAAGGCCUGUUAUCUCUGCCAAGGAUGUGUCUCUGGCACAGACCCUGAAACAAGACAUUUCUAACCCUGACAUGAUUGGAUCUCAUGACCCAUCUGUAAACCAACUGUCUGUGUAAAGGUUAAAACAGGCUCUCAAGAGCACAGAGAUACUGAUGUGAUGCAUACUGGCUUCAGCCCAACAUGCACACUCUGGUUCACACCAGUUAACUGUUCAGAGGAGACUGUCACCACCAGCUACAGAGACCAGCACUCACUCGCUCUGUGUCAUCCUUCCCUUUGUCCUCCGGGAACAGUAAACUGUUCUCACCUGUCACGGGUCAUGUGUUUUCUUGUCUAUUUUGCCUCUGCAUCAUAUUUAAACUGUUGCUUCUCAAUAAACCACUUUCAAAUCA